GCAUCUGUACAAUGUAAUUGCACAGCUAUUGUAUUGUACCAGGUGUCGUACAGUACACAGGGGGAGUCGCAUCUGCACAAUGUAAUUGCACAGCUAUUGUAUUGUACCAGGUGUCAUACAGUACACAGGGGAGCAUCUGUACAAUGUAAUUGCACAGCUAUUGUAUAAUAAUUAUUGUACAGUACACAGGGGGAGUAUCCCCCCUGGCGAAAGCGACUAAAUACAGGAAUAUGUCCAACGUCGACCUUUGAACCAUACAUAUAAAAUACGCGUUUUAGUGGUAAAAAACGUUAUUAAUUUUUUUCUUCAGAGCAGAUGAGCGCUAGCUAUAGCUAGGGCCUGGGGCCAGGGAGAGCAGACUGCAGUCGCUGCUAGCCUCCUUGUGGUGAACCAUGUAUCCUCUACUAUAUCUAUGGCACAAGUAAGGUAUAGUCUAUACAUAUUAAGAGGCACACUCAGGGGCGUUUCUAGAGAUUGAAGCAGGAGGGUGCUCAAAAGUACAGAAAAAAAUGGAACCGCGCGCAUAGCGUGCGCGAUUUUACGCCCCUGCAUUUAUUGCGGCGUAUCUUUCAUACAUCCAGCUCCUCCCCCAUGCAGCCUUGCAGCAAAAAAGUACAGCACACUGCCCAAGAAAAGAGCGGCUCCUACUAUUCUCCUCUAGAGCUUCUCUCUUCCAUUCUAGUUCUGUUACUAUGUUACUAGACAAAGCAUCUAGCUACAAUAAAUUUUCUGUGUAUCUUCUUGUAAAUGACAAUAUAAUGUAUAAUGUUGUAGUUUGUAGCCCAAAGUAAUCUAUAGUACCGGUACUAUAGCUCAUAGUUCCCUGCUAAAUACACUCAAAUGGGAUCUAAUGCAUGCAUAGCGUGAUAAUAAGACAUAAUUAUGAGUCAGUCAUCUUGUAGGAUCUCCAUGCACUAUUCUUCUGGGGUACAUCCUAGCAAACUGGUCAAUCACAAUGGGGAUGUCCAGUCAUUCUAGUGUUAGUCAUUGCUUCUCAGUAUCUCUCAGUGGAGCAAGAGGUGACUGGGAUAGUGCAGAGGAUUUAUUAUGCAUGCAAUUAGCAACAACAUUGGAAUGGCAAUACAUGUACUGAUUGCACAUGCUCAAUUGGGCGUGGUCAUGACUUGUAAUCGUUGUGUCAAUGAGAUAGAGCUGCACAGUUAGCUAGCUAGCUACUGAGUGAUACGAUUAAUUAGGUUGUCUGGGAGGACAGGGGGGUGCUCAAGCCCCCAAAGCCCCCCAUUGUACACGCCACUGACACUUGCGUGCAUAUGGGAAGGACAAGCAGGCAUACUAGGCUAAAAUGAAGGCAUUGGAGGAGUGUCAGAAGCAUGCAGAGAGAGAAGAUUGAUAUGGAAAGAGACGCUGAGAAACAGCUGAGGGAACUGACACAGCUGAGGGAAAAGUUUGAGGAUUAUCGUCGGAGGAGCUGGCUGGAUCAAUUGGAAAGAGAAUUAACGAGAGGUUGUGACAGAUAUGCGUCACACAGAUGAGGGAGGAGGAUAAGAUGAGACGUCUCAAUGAGUUGGAGAAGUGUUGGCAAAGGUACAAUGAGCAUUCCCGGCAGGUGAAGGAAGAGGAAGAAGCACAGAGAGCCUGGGAUAUGCAAGAAAGAGAGAAGCGGAUAAGAAAGAGAGAGAAAUUCCUCCAAGUUCUCAAAAAGAGGGAUGAAGAGCUCCAAGAAAAACUGCAUGAGGAGAACCACCAACAAGCAGAGCAACUCAAAGAACAGGCAGACUAUCUAGAAAAGAGAAAGCAAAUGGUGGUAGAGAACGAAGUGUUAAAGUGGAAGAAGGGCUUUCAGAGGAAGCAGGAGAACUGGAGUAACGUUGUCAGCCAACACAGAGAGGCUAUGAAGAAGAGACAAGAGAAGCAUUUGGAGGAGCUGUUCGAUCGCAACCAUCUCCCCUCAGUCACCACACGAUGCACUCGCAAUUUUCGAAAGUUUGGUGGUUCCUCGAGACCAGGUACUAUGGAGAAAUCAUACCCUCCCCAAUCCACUACUGUCAGAUUUACUACCAAGCCAAGAGUACAUUUUGUUGAAGCAUCUCUACCUAAUGAGAGUGCUAUGAAGGAUGGUGGUGUGAGACAAUCACGCGGCGAUAAUCAGAUCAUAUCCAAACAGGAAGAGACGCGUCCAUUGGAGGGUGGUGGUGGUGCGGAUACAAGCAAGAGGGGUAACACAGCCGAUCUCGAUCACAACGACUCGUAUGAUAUUCAUCUGGAGAGAAGUCGAAAAUGGAGCAAGACCGACAGUGAUGGAAUCCAGCAAAGUGAUCUGUCUCCCGUACUGGAUAAGAAUGGGUGUGCGGGGAGUAAGACAAGCCUUGUCCGAGAUGACGUUAGUCUGUUGUCACAUGACGUUAGUUUGCUGAGUCAGCAGAAGAGUACAGCCUCUGAUCUGAUUGGACGCGUACUGGAUAAAGCGACUGUCAAGGUUGCAGAUCGAUAAGUGGAGUGGACAAUUGAACAUUGUUUGUGUGUAUUAACUGCUUAUAAUUAUAGGGCGCGUUGUAAUGAUCGGAAUAAUUCAUUUUGAGAAA